AUGGCCGACAUCACCGACCAGCACGACCAGGCCCAGGCCGGCGACCUCGACGACGCCCAUGCCGUCGGCAACGGCACCGCUGCCGAGUCUCGCGGCGUCAAGCGCCAGCGCAACAGCAUCGCCGACGACGAUGAUGACGAUGACGACAAGGGCGGCCGUGAGCGUCGCAAGAUUGAGAUCAAGUUCAUCACCGACAAGUCGCGUCGUCACAUCACCUUUUCCAAGCGCAAGGCUGGUAUCAUGAAGAAGGCCUACGAGCUUUCGGUCCUCACCGGCACCCAAGUCCUUCUGCUCGUCGUCUCCGAGACGGGUCUGGUCUACACCUUCACAACCCCCAAGCUGCAGCCUCUGGUGACCAAGGCGGAGGGCAAGAACCUUAUUCAGGCUUGCUUGAACGCGCCUGAGCCCAGCCAGGGCAACGAAAACGGUGCCGAUGAUUCAAACCAGAUUGAUUCGCCCGAGGAACCUGCGAACGCUCACCUGCCGCCGGCAUCUGGCCGGCCGGGCAUGCCGCCUUCGCACAUGCCCGGUGGCUACAUGCCUAAUGUCCCCAUGGACCCCCAGCAGGCCAUGGCGUACCAGAGCUACGUCCAGCAGCGAGGUGCACAGUAUGCCAUGCCGCCGCAGCAGGGCAUGCCUCAGCACACCUCGCACCAGUCAUAG